AUGGGUAAAAAAGAAUACAAUUUUCGGGAAUUUUUUCAUUUGGCUGCAUCUGACAAUCCAAGAGCAAAUAAGAAGGCAGUUUGUCUUUCAUCAGGAAAAAAUAAUUCUGAGUCAGAUGAAGAAGAUUUCACCAAAACUUCUAAGAUAUCGACAUCCAAUUUGUUAUUUACAAAUUUGUUAUCUAGCAAGCCCACACUAUCAAAAGUAAAACGGCAAGCACCUACACAAGAUGUUUUCAAUUUUAUUAUGCCAACUUUAAAGUUGCCAAACCGACAUGUGAUAAGUGAUCAAAUUCUUUCAAAGGCUUCAACAACAUUGACUGAGAAUAUUUUACAGCGUGUACGUGCUGACAAGAUUGGAGUAACUGCAGCCUUUGAUGGCUGA